CUGAACAGACGAAGUGUUUGAGAGUGUACCUCGUGGAAGGUCGUUAGUUCCCGCUAAAUUUAUGGACAAGGCCUCAGUCCAGUAAUCCAUCGGCAGAAGUUGCUUCAAUUGGCGAAGUGAAACUCUAAUUGUGAUGGAAGUUGGAAACAGUAGGAAUGUUGAAGUGUGGGACAGUAUCUCUGUUCUGUUCAUUACUUCGAAGUAUUGAUGUGAAACUGUCAGUGCCGGUCAAGUCUGAAUGCUGAUGACGUAGAAACGAGGCAUAAGAGUGACCGAUACGAGGAGAAUGAGUUCAGUGAGCAAAAGAGAGAGCGAAAAACAGCUGAUUCUAAAUGAGCUCUCGUAUUCCAUAAUUCCUCACCUUGGUCGAUAAUUUGGCUUGAUCAUAUUCCACCAUGUGUGGUGGAUUAUAUAGGGUAUACAAACUUCGGUUUGAACUUCGGAGGACUGACGAGGUUCCCCAAGUCAAGGGCUUCAUUUAUUCGUGUAAAUGCAGGCUAAUCCUAAGUGUGAAUCCUUGAUGCAGCCCAUGUUUUUAGCCGAAGUACUGUAGGGUCACCUCUCGUGUACAAGUACCUCAGUUUCUUUGACAGACUGAAUGGUUAUUAAUUUAUUGUUUGAGGUUGCUUGACAUGGGGAGUAAGGGAGGACCUAAACAAAGUGCGGGGGAAAUGCAGAAUUUGAGGGCUGAUUUGCUGGAGUUGGUGAAACGUAGGAAUGAGAUUUCGUUGAACUUGGAAAAUUUGGAGCGACAAAUCUACGCUUUCGAAGGGAGUUACCUGGAGGAUACUCAGAAUUUUGGCAACAUUAUCAGGGGCUGGGAUCGAUAUCUGACCGGUCCCCAAAAGAAUCCGUCCAAGGCUGACAAAAAGAAUCGGAAAUUCAAAGAGAAUGAGAGACUUUUCUCCCGGUCCUCCAUUACUGCUGCAGCUGCUGUCAAUGGGUUGAUGGAUCCCGAGAGCAAAGCUGGAGUUGAGCAACCGAGUGAAAAUGAAUUCCAAGGCAAUGGUUCAGCUGUGGAUGAUAGUCAGGACAAGAAGUUUGUCAAGUCUGUGAAAACGGAGGCUGCUGCAGAAAGUUCCCGAGAAAAGCAAUCGGAGAGCUCCAAAGAAGAUUCUCAAAAGUCAAAAUCAUCUUCGUCGUCGAGAGCGAAAAAAUCGUCUGCCAAAAAGGCUCGCAGCCAGAGAUCUCUUGAGGCUUUGGUACUAACUGUGCUCGUGGAAUUGGAUCAAAUUUUGCGAUCUCUGACCAUGUACAAUUAUCCUGAUGGCGUUGAUCGCCUUGAUCGUCCCGAAGAAGCGUCCGUCGAGGAAUUCGUUAAUGAGAUGAAAGUUAGACGGUUUGCGGGCACAGUCCUAAUUGCUGCGACAUCUGUGAGCAUAAUUGCCUAUGCAAUCUCUGUGACGACUCGUCUCCUAGUGGCGCCAUUUUCGGGAUCAUCGUCGUGGUUUGCACUCUUGUUUGCCGAAUUGGUCUCCCCUGCUUUUUAUGUCUCUGUGAUAUGCUUCACUUUGGCGGUUGCGCUGCUUGCUGGCUUCUUCAUGGCGUCGUGUCAAAUUGGUGUGAAUGUGGAGGCGAACGAAUCUCUCGCAAAAGCGUUGAAAGCGAGAUGGAAAAAGGAGACGUCGAGUUCGUUUGCAGAAGUGAUUUCAGCAUCGACGGUGUUCUUCGUGGCCUCGUCUCUGAUGUGGGAUUUGAACUUCAGUUUUUUGCGGAACCCGGAAUCGACUGUGUUCAUGACGAUGUUCUUGCUUUUGGAGGCAUUGAAGUUGACUUGGCAAACGUGGUUCGGGCCAGACUGGGUGCUUGAGUCGGGCCAGUUUUCCAAGGGCCACAAAGAAAAUUACAGGCGGUCAGCGAGGAUUUUUUCGCGUUUGGGCAUGUUUGUGUCAGGUUUUCGCUGGCGAAAUGCUGUAGGGCGAGCAACGAGCUCCGUUUUGGCCUUUGCACUCUGUCCGCAAGAAUUUCCGAUUGGAGUCGAAAACAGUUCUGCGUUGAAACUGCACCAGGCUCUGGCCUCCAAGAAUACAUGGGUGAAGUAUCUGGCUUUUGCGGACUUGAAGGACUUGGCGUUGCAUUCCAGCUCGAGGAGAGCAGCAGUUUUCCAUCCUGUUGUGUUGGACAUGGAUGACGGCACGUUGAGCUUCGUCGUCGACGGCCAGUACUUGGGCAUUGCAUUUCGGGGAUUGCGGGGUAAAACUUUGUUUCCUAUCGUGUCCGCUGUCUGGGGACACAGUGAAAUCUCCAUGAAAUAUCUGGGGAGCUUGAGCGCGAACGCAUUGCCUUUGACGGAUUUAUGCAGAUACGUGAUCCGACAAGAGAUCCACAAGAACGACAACGACGUGGAAGCAGGAGUGCAGACGAUGGCACUGCCGACCGGCGUCAAGGACUUCCUUCUAUUCCGCGAUCGGAGAUAAUGUAUGCCCAUCUGUGAUAGGCGGCCAUUCGCGGAUUUCCUUCCUUCCUUUUUUUUCUCCUUCUCCUGUUGUAAAUUCACUCGAGCUGAUUUUGUUGCAUUGGAACCGGAAAUCGGGCGUGUAAAAUAUUAUAUAUCGAGCAUCGACUCCGAGAACUUACGCGGAGAGCAUGUGUAAAGAAACGAAAGAAAAAAAAAAAACAAAAGAAAGGGAGAGAUGAGAAAGAAACACUUUUUGUCUUUAUCGUGAAACAAUCAAUCAAUCAAGCAAGCUUUUCUUUUUUUUUUUUUUUUCUUCCCUUGGUAAUAUAUACUGUGUCAACUUCUGUUAGCCCCAUAUCCGAGGCUUUUCUUAUUCACAAAAAGAAUAUGCCCCCCCCCCCCC